ACAACUCCAAUUGUCAAUAAUCAGAGCUUGAAGCUGAUUCAAAAUGAACACUGUCAAAUCAUUCUGGCUAGGAUGGGGCUCGCUUUGCGUUGCUGGCGGAGUCGCCUACGUUUUCGCCAAGCGCUCAAUCAAUGAAGACCGCGCUGCCCGUCACGACGCGUACUUGAAGCGCCAGAGACUGAUUAGCGAUUUGGAAAAGGAUACAACAUCCCCAUCACCGUCGACUGCCCGGAGCUACGAUACAGCAGGUAGCCCAAGCCAAGAAGCCAGUAGCGAUCCUGCGCCGACGAGACAUGAGGCUGAGAAUGAAGGCCAGCGGGUACUAGAGAAGAGCAAAUACGAGACAACAGAGCCAUUUCGGUCGAGGAAAGGAGAUAGAUUUUCUUAG